GCUGCUAAAAGUGAGAAAAAAUAUCAUUUUUUAACUCUAACUACUACUCGAGAGGAAGCAGAGGAAAAAGUAAAACAAGAAGAAAAAUUGCUUAAAUUGAUUAAUAAGCCAGAAACGGAAAGUGAAUUAGAAAAACUUAAAUUAGAUUUAGGAAAAUUAGAAAAAUUUAUUUCUCAAAUUGAUCUGGUUGAUGUCUCCACAUUGAAUCCAGUUCAGCAUGCUUACUGGAAAAAUAAAGAAGCCACUGACUCUAAACGAGAAAAAUUAGUAGAAGCAAUUAAUAAUUUGCAAAGACAGUCUCUUAUUAGCAAGAUAGAGGUUGCUGUGCAAAAAAUAAAUGCCAGCCUUGAAGGGCAGGGGGUUAAGUUAAUUGAAGAUGAAAGCACAAAUAGCCUGGAAAAACUUUGCCAAAUUGAGCCCAAAAUAGAGUAUAGAGAAAUAGGAAUCGAAACUAAUAUUCAAAGAUAUUUUUUUAUAGGAAACUAUGAAUUAGAUGAAUUAGCAGCCAAGGGUAGUGAAAUUGCUAGGAGAAUUAACGAUAUACGAA